CCGGCGGGCCGGGCCAAUGAGCGGCGCGGUUGUUGCGGGGCGGGCCGCGCGGGCCGUUGGCGCGGGAAGGCGGCGCGGUUUGAAGGCGGGGUGUCACAGCACCAUGGCUAAUGCAAAGACAGAAGAUGAAAUAACGCUCUUUGAAAGAGAUAUGAAAGAGUUUUGGAUCGAGUUUAAAAGCGUUUAUGGCACUGAACAGAUCAAUCAGACUUUAACACUGAGAGAUUCGUGCAAGGAGGCUAUAGAAGCACUUUCAGCGAAAUGGUCCAAGAAGCUGAAAGAAGGAGACCUGAUGAUUGACAAAAUUCAGGAGUAUAACAAUGAGAUUCUCCAGCAGAACAAAUGUAUAUCAGAAAAGGAAGAGCAGUUGACAGAAAUUAAGCUAAAUCAAGAAGAAGAGCAACAGAAGAACUUGACUGACAGCAUCCAAGAGUUAAAAGAAGAGUUGGCGAAGCAAAUGGAAAUACUGUCUUCUAAAGACAAAGCUGUCAAGGAGAAAAUGGAACGACUGUGCAAGUCUAAAGUAUUGUUUGAGGAGUGUCUUGGAUUGGAGAUACGCAGAAUUCACAAUGAACAAUUACAGUUUAUAUUCAGACACAUUGACCACAAAGAUCCUGACAAGCCAUACACGUUUACCCUUUCCAUAAAUGAACAAGGAGAUUAUGAAGUGACUUCAUGUACUCCUCCUCUGGACUGUAUAGCAGAGUUCCAGCUCAAAGUGAGAGAAACUAACAAUUUUCCUGCAUUUGUUGCCAACAUCAGAAAAGCUUUCACUGCUUUAUCGUAUAAAUAGUCUGCAUAAAAUUAGCUCAUACCUCUCUUUCUAGCUGUAGAACACUCUUGUUUCCUUCCUGUGUUGUGAAAAUGUGUAUUUAUCCCUGUCUUACUCUGUUUUCUAAAUAAAGAAAAAUAAUGAAAA